AUGGAGGCGUAUUUCUGGGUGGUGUUCGCGGUGCUGGUGGUGCUGUGCCUGGCGCUCGAGUUCUCCCGCAGCUCCAAAGACCGCGCGCAGACCACCCCCGCGUUCGAGUCGUUCAAGAACAACUACCUCCUCGUCUAUUGCCUCAUGAUGGGUACGUUUGAGUUGAGUCAGAAGUCACCUCGCGGUGCUGGUGGUGCUGUGCCUGGCGCUCGAGUUCUCUCGCGGCUUCAAGGACCGCGCCCGGACCACCCCCGCCUUCGAAUCAUUCAAGAACCACCUGCUCGUGUACUGCCUCAUGAUGGGUACGUGACGGAUAAUGAGUCAGCUUGUAUUGCGCAUUACGACAAGGGAGACAUCGGCCGGCUCUUCAUCGCCGGAUUCGGCUCCUCCAUGGUCUUCGGGACCAUCGUGGGGUCGCUGGCCGACAGACAUGGUCGGCGCCUGGCCUGCGUGCUCUACUGCGUGACCUACAUCCUGAGCUGUCUCACGAAGCACUUCCCGGCCUUCUCCAUCCUUGUGCUGGGCCGAGUGCUGGGAGGCAUCGCCACCUCGCUGCUCUUCUCCGCCUUUGAGUCCUGGCUCGUUGCUGAACACUUCGCUCGCGGCUUUGAGCCCCCCUGGUUGUCUAUCACAUUCUCUAAGGCCAUCUUCCUCGGCAACGGACUUGUGGCGAUACUGUCAGGCCUGGUGGCAAACGUGUUGGUGACAGACCUCAACCUUGGUCCAGUCGCGCCCUUUGAUGCAGCGUCGGUGCUGCUAGCAGGGGGAAUGGCGGUGAUAGUGGGCACGUGGAGUGAGAACCAUGGGGACUCUGAUCAGUCGCACGGGCUGCUGCUGCAGUUCCAACUCGCCUACCAUGCAAUCGCCUCAGACGAGAAGAUCGCCAUUUUAGGCGCCAUCCAGUCGCUGUUCGAGGCGAGCAUGUACACGUUCGUGUUCCUCUGGACGCCAGCGCUCGCCCCCUCACAGCAGGCCAUCCCGCACGGCUUCAUCUUCUCCCUCUUCAUGCUCGCCUCCAUGCUUGGUUCCUCCCUCGCUUCCCGCCUCAUGGGCCGUGCGGGGUUGAAGGUGGAGGUCUACAUGCAGGCUGUCUUCGCUGUCUCGUCGCUGUCACUUCUCCUGCCCUGCAUCGUGAAUUGGGUCUUGGAGCGCCACCCCCCUCCAGGGGGCGGCAUCACAGCAGGCGGCCGCGUGCAGCUAGCGGGCUUCUGUGUGUUUGAGGCGUGUGUGGGCGUGUUCUGGCCGUCGCUCAUGCGCAUGCGAGCACAGUACCUGCCUGAGGAGUCCCGCUCCACCAUCAUGAACUUCUUCCGCGUGCCGCUCAACGUCUUCGUGUGCCUCGUGCUCUACCAUGUGCGAGCCUUCCCCAUGACGUCAAUGUUCCUCAUGUGCUCACUCUUCCUCGCCAUCGCUGCUCUCCUGCAGCGUCGCUUGCUCCGCCUUGCUCUCAGCGCCCUGCCCCAGAGUGAGUGCACGCCGUUCACUCAUCCACACAUGCUCUCAUGUCAUAGUACCCCACCCGCUGCCAUCACAGGCAAGCUUAACCAUCCCCGCCCUGCGACCACUCCCCAUGUGUCAAUCAACCACCACUGUGCCUUGGAGAAGUUUUUGGAGACGUCUAAAAAUUCAUGUCCUCAUGAGUCAAUCACCACUGCGCCGUGCACCACCCCCCCGUCCCCUCCCACCCCUCCCUCCACCACCCCUCCCUCCACCACCCCUCCCCCCGCCACCCCUCCCCCUACCACCCCUUGCACCACUACCUCUUCCCCCAAAACCUCUCACCAAACCACCCCCCCCCACACCGCCCCUUCGUCCGCCACCCCUCCCCCCACCGCCACCCCUUCUGCCUCUCCCCCCUUCACGCCCCCCUUUCCCCUUGCGCUCGUCUCCUGCCGGUCCCCUUGCCGCCCCCCCUGCCCCCUCCUCCACAGCUGCACUCAUCUCAGCUGCAGCAGUUGCCUUUGA